UUACAGGAUCAUGGCUGUUGUGGCUUAUAACCAUUUUGGAAUAUGGGAUGAAGACAUCGAAACCGCAGAAUCAGCGGAACCAUGCUAUUGCAAUGGUUGUGAGGAACCUGUCACUUCAUCUCUUUUUGCCUCGUGCAUGCGAUAUUUUGCACUGAAAGGCGAAGAGAUCAGUGGUUUGCCAAAAUCUAUGGUUCAGAGAAUUGAAAGUUUAAAGUAUGAUAUGGAAAUUGUCGGAAAAAUACAUCAGGAAUAUAUUACAUUCAAGCUUUCCUGGAUUGGCUUAGGAAAAGAUGGCAAUGUGGAUUGGCUUAAAACAUAUGCAAAAUGUUACCGCGAAAUGCCGCCAGAUGAUUUUUUUAUAUUUGCGGCAAUUAAUGGAAUUGCUACCAGGGCUCUAUGGAAACGAAUGGACGACUUAGAGAAGCAGCAUAUGUUGGAUGCAUAUGAUGAUGUGAUAAGGAACACGGCACUUCUAAUGUAUUACCCUUCUGUUUUUAACGUAAUCCAAUACCGAAGUAUUGUAGUCGCCGCACAACACGGUUGGCCAGGUGCAGUAUGCGCUUGGAUAGGCUUGCGAAAUAAUACCCUAAAUAAUAUUGAUUAUGAAGAAGAACUGGUCGCAAAUUUCAAAACCCCUCUUUAUCAGACAUUCUCUUCCCCACCUUCAAAUUAUCUUGAAAAUGCUAUUCUGCUAGCAAUUCAUAACGAGCAGUAUCAUUUGCUUCGCUAUUUGCCAACCGUCGAUCUUACUGAUUCUUUUAAUCUUUUGUUUCCAGAUGGUCACGUAUCGCUUAAUUUUUUCCAGCAAUUAAUUGAUUUUCCAGUAAUUGAAAGCCUGUUUAACGACAAGUUAAGUGAUUAUCUGAAAUCUGUUGUACGAGCUUUACUUAUCUGGAUGUCACUUUCGGAAGUUCAACGUCUGCAGCGAAUGCUGGCUGGUGCUGGAGACAUUAAAAUUAGAAAUUGUAUUAAUCAGAUCUUAAAUGAUAUAAAUAUCAUAACGCGCAACACACGGAUGUAUGCAGGCUUGCGCCCAAUCAAUCUGAUAGAUGCAUGCGACGCGGUUACUGCAACGCUCGAUAUUCCAACACAUUGA